AGCCUGACAGUUGUUACUAUCUUUUCUCCCCCCACGCAAAGCCUACAGCCAGAAGGCACAGAUGUUCUCCUAGGACCAGAAGUAACUUGUGGGCCCUCAGAUUUGUCUGUCAGUACUCCGUUUGCCUUGACGAUACCACACUGUGCAGAAGUAAAUUCAGAGCACUGGAAUAUUCACUUGAAAAAAAGGACACAGCAAGGAAAAUGGGAGGAAGUGAUGUCUGUGGAAGAGGAAACUACUACUUGCUACUGCCUGUUGGAUCCUUAUGCCUGUCACAUUCUCUUAAACAGCUUUGGAACUUAUGCUCUUAUUGGAGAACCGAUCUCUGACUGUGCCGUUCGACAGCUGAAAGUAGCGGUUUUUGGCUGCCUGUCUUGCAAUUCUCUGGAUUACAAUCUGAGAGUAUAUUGUAUGGAUAACACACCUUGUGCAUUUCAGGAAGUGGUUUCGGAUGAAAGACUCCAAGGAGGACAAUUACUGGAGGAACCAAAACUUUUGCAUUUCAAAGGGAAUACCUUCAGUCUUCAGAUAUCUGUCCUUGAUAUCCCUCCUUUCCUUUGGAGAAUUAAACCAUUUACUGCAUGCCAGGAAGUCCCAUUCUCUCGCGUGUGGUGCAGUAGGCAGAAGCCGCUGCACUGUGCCUUUUCACUGGAGCGUUACACUCCCGCAACCACACAGCUGUCCUGCAAGAUCUGCGUCCGACAAGUCAAGGGUCACGAGCAAAUCCUACAGAUCCAGACAUCCAUUGUAGAGAAUGAAAGAGAAACCAUCACUUUCUUUGCACAUGAUGACAGCAACUUCCCUGCACAGAUGGGUCCAAAAGCAUUCAAAAUCCCCUACUCUAUUAGACAACGAAUCUGUGCAACAUUUGACACACCCAAUGCCAAAGGCAAAGACUGGCAGAUGUUAGCACAAAAAACCAGCAUUAACAGGAAUCUCUCCUAUUUUGCUACUCAAAGCAGUCCAUCUGCUGUCAUUCUGGACCUCUGGGAAGCCCGACAUCAACAUGACGGAGACCUUGACUCCCUAGCCUGUGCCCUGGAAGAAAUAGGAAGGACACACUCCAAAAUCUCAGACAUAACAGAAACUGAGAUUGAAGAGCCUGACUUCAACUACAGCAGACAAAAUGGACUUUAG